CGCACAGACAAUAUUACAACCAUGGCAGCCAUGUCCAUGACAAGAAACGCCAUCUUCAACCUCUCAAAGGCCUUCCCUAACACCCCUUCACUCUCUCUCAGAUCCUCCAGCAAAGUCUCAAGGGUCUGCUUCACCUACGCCUCAAAAUAUUCAGAGGGCCGAAAUGCCUCUGAAGGAAUGAGAGACGACUCGAGGCACGUCCACAGGGACGUGCCGGUGACAGAGCCGGGGGACGGGGAUGUGACCGACGAAGCAAAAGAACGGACUAAGGAAAUGAAAGAGAAGGCAAAAGAGUAUGCUCAUGAUACCAAGGAGAAGACGAAGGAAGGAACAUAUAGAGCGGCAGACACGGCUGAGAGUGCAAAGGAGAAAGCAAAAGAGUACGCUUACAACGCCAAGGAGAAAACCAAAGACACGGCGAGGUCGGCGGCGGAGAAAGCGGAAGAUGUGAAGGAGAGGGCGAAAGAGAAUGUGCAUGGUGUGAAGGAGAAGACGGAAGACGUGGCCGGGUCAGUGGCUGAUAAGGCGAAGGAGGGGACGCACGAGGCAUCGGAGACGGCGCAGAAUAUAGGAGAGAAAGCCAAGCAGACGGUGAAGGAUGCGUGGGGCGCAGCCAAGGAGACGACGCAGAAGAUCAAGGAGACUGUGGUUGGGAAGUAUGGAGAUGACCAUCAUGGUGAUGAUGAUUAUGAUGAUGAUGAUGAUGCUGGGGGGAAGACCAUGGAUGAGGAUGUUGUGGAGUUGAGGAGGCGUGCUGGAAAUCCUAAUAAGAAAACGUAUUAA